AUAUACACACACACAGACACUUAUACACUUAGUGAAUCGAGUGAUAUCGUAUGCGUAACGAUAUUUUUAACGCGUCCAACUUUGAUCUCCUCCCCACAUGAACUAGGCGCACGUGAGACACGAGACUCGCCGAGCACUCCGCCCAGCAGUAAUCCUGCCUAUAAGAUAGACCCCAGCGAUGAGCACGAUGAAACAUCAUAUACAUAUUCACAAUUCCAAAAAUCCGGACGUUUCACUGCGCCAGCAACAGUAAUACCUAGAUUUAAGAACUAUUCGGUAGAUGAUUUUCAUUUUCUGGCCGUGCUGGGCAAAGGCAGCUUUGGCAAGGUGCUGUUGGCUGAGCUGCGUGAUACGACAUAUUACUAUGCCAUCAAGUGCCUUAAGAAGGACGUGGUCCUUGAGGACGACGAUGUUGACUCCACGCUAAUCGAACGCAAGGUUUUGGCCCUGGGCACCAAGCAUCCGUAUCUGUGCCAUCUAUUCUGCACAUUUCAGACCGAGAGUCACUUGUUCUUUGUCAUGGAGUAUCUGAACGGCGGGGAUCUCAUGUUUCAUAUACAGGAGAGCGGACGCUUUUCAGAGGAUCGUGCGCGUUUCUAUGGCGCAGAAAUCAUAUCCGGGCUCAAGUUCUUGCAUAAGAAGGGCAUCAUAUACAGGGAUCUCAAGUUGGAUAACGUAUUGCUCGACUAUGAGGGUCACGUGCGUAUUGCAGAUUUUGGUAUGUGUAAAUUGCAGAUAUAUUUAGAUAAGACGGCCGAUAGUUUUUGUGGCACACCCGAUUACAUGGCGCCCGAAAUCAUCAAGGGCGAAAAAUACAAUCAAAAUGUCGAUUGGUGGUCAUUCGGUGUGCUGCUCUACGAAAUGCUCAUUGGCCAAUCGCCAUUCAGUGGCUGCGAUGAGGACGAAUUGUUCUGGUCCAUAUGCAAUGAAAUUCCAUGGUUUCCGGUCUACAUAUCAGCCGAGGCAACGGGCAUACUCAAGGGCCUGCUGGAGAAGGACUAUACGAAACGUAUCGGGUCACAGUAUAGUCCAGCUGGUGAUAUAGCAGAUCAUAUAUUCUUUAGGCCCAUUGACUGGAACCAGCUCGAAAAGAGGCAGAUCGAGCCUCCUUUCAAGCCACAAGUGAAACAUCCGCUGGAUACGCAAUAUUUCGAUCGGGUAUUCACCAGAGAACGCGUUCGUCUAACGCCCAUCGACAAGGAAAUACUCGCAUCAAUGGAUCAGAAACAAUUUCAUGGCUUCACCUACACAAAUCCGCACAUCACAUUGGACUAGGAUGUCUAAGUAUAUAUUAGUCGUCAAUGUGCUGGCCAUAGACCAUAUAUAUUUAGCGUAUUUAUCUCUAAAAUUAGCAAUUUAUAUUCAUGAACCUAACCUCCAAAGCCAACACCCAAUAAUUACUUCAUAGAGCAACAGUAUUUGUAUAUGUAUGUAUAUAUAUCUAUUAUAUGAUUCAAUCAA